AGGAUGUAUGAGAAAGAAGGUUUACGAGGAGAGGAACGGCAACAUACCUGCGUUUUCAACUUUUAUUUUAUUUUAUUUUUUUAAAGUCACGUGGCAUACCAGAUCAUUCGGUCGAUUUAUCCGGUCUUGUUUCUCGGUUCCUGUAGCAUCACACAGUUUCAUCUAGUUAUAACUUCUAAAGGCUUUUUCAAACAAAGAUUCACAGUUCCUUCACCGAUCUCUAAUUGCCGAUCCAGCUACACACAAAACGCAGCCGGCAGCCGCUCCUCCGCAGCUCGCCACCCACCCAUAGGCCAGUGUCUCGAGCGGUGCAGCCACCAUACAGGUGUUUGUGCAGAAUUGAAGAAUGCAAUUCUUUGGAGGGUCAGAGAUUAGCCCAUCGCCGCCGGCACCAACAGCGUCAGGGAAUAAUGCACACAUGAUAUAUGUUUUCAACAGGAAUGGAGUGUGCUUGCUAUACAGGGAGUGGAAUCGACCACUUCACACCCUCAAUCAACAGCAAGACCACAAGCUCAUGUUUGGUUUGCUUUUCUCACUCAAGUCCUUAACUGCCAAGAUGGAUCCCACUAGUGCAGAGAAAGGAAACCUUGGGGUGCCUCAGUUGCCUGGACAAGGUUGCUCAUUUCACAGCUUUCGUACUAAUACAUACAAGCUUAGUUUCAUGGAAAGUCCUUCUGGUAUAAAGAUUAUCUUGGUUACGCAUCCUAGGACUGGUGAUCUGCGGGAAUCUCUUAAGUACAUUUACAACUUAUAUGUUGAGUAUGUUGUCAAGAACCCAAUAUAUACUCCGGGAACUCCAAUCAGGUGUGAGCUAUUCAAUACAACUCUUGACCAAUAUGCAAGAAGCAUUGCAUAGGAGCUCAAGUUAGUGCUUGGACCAUCAUGAUCUCGUAUUAAUGAUCUUGUAUAGAUGCACUUCUCCUUCAUUUUGAAUGUCUGGUUCUCUAUGUUGUGGCAGCCUUUGCAUUCCGUCUGGCCCCAAUGACAAUGGUAGAUUUGUCUCAAAUUCAGGUCGUUAGACCUACCUAUUUAGUGAAUAUUUUGUGCGAAUUUAAAUUCCAGAUUGUCACUUUGGGAGAUGGUUGGCAUUUUAAUAGGUGUGGUUGAUGGACAAACUGUAUGUGAGGUCUGGGACUACUUGUAGAGCCUAGAAAUCAUUUUAAUGCGGUUGGUAGCAAUUGGUUGUGGUACACAUUAUUUCAAAAGUUUUACUUAUAAAAAAAAACAUUAUUUCAAAA